CUUAUAAUUUAUUAUCGUUAGUAUAUUAUGUAUAUAUUACAGUUUCAAAAUAGAAAGAAUUAAUUAGUAAAAUUUGAAUUUUAUAAAAAUUUUAAUAACGAUUUGAUAAAACAUACGAUGCAUUGGAAAAAAUAUAAACAAAUGUAUCUUUAGAUUGAUUGAACCAGCCAUAGUCACCUAAAUGACGGUAGUUUGUAUACAUGUUAAGUGCUGCGAGAAAAUAACCUCUAAUGGAAAGCAUAAAACCGGUAGAAAAUGUCUCGAAAUGUAUUAAAACUAUUUGUCCAUCACCGGAGGAACUUAGUGUCAUAACAAAUAAUGUAAAGUGUGAUAAAUGCGGGCUCGUAUUUAAAAAUGGACCGAGGUAUCGGUUACACGAUCUUAAAGUACAUCAACGUAAAAAUUUAGAUAAAACAAUAAAAGAAAAUGUACAAUAUCAUUGCCCAGUAGAAUCUUGUAUUUACGCUCCGAAAGCCGAAAGGCAUUUUAGUACUAUGAAAUAUCUUAAACAGCAUUAUCUUAAAGUACAUGCAAAAAAAACAUACGCAUGUACUCGUUGUGAAAAAAGUUUCUCUACUGAAUCAGCGAAAGAAGGUCAUAUGAGAAUAUGUGGAAUUGAAUUUGCAUGUUCUUGUUCAAAAAGUUAUACAUCCUAUGAAGCCUUGCUCACACAUGCAAAACGAGCUUUACACACAAUAAAUGAUAAAUAUAAAAAUUCCUUGAGACGCACAAAUUCUAAGACAAUGAGAUUGAUUUUAUCAACUAGUCAAACUGAAAUAAAUAAACUAGUUACAAUACUACCAACAAAUCAAAAUGAAAAUAGAAUAUCUAAUCGUAAUAAUGAUUCCACGCAGAAACUUACAUCAGAUAUUGGUAUACAAACUGAGGAAUACAAAAAGAACAAAAGAAUAUCAAGUCCAUUAAAGUACGUUAACAAUAAUGGAAAGCGUGGAAUAUCUAAACAAACACAGACAAAUGUCUCUCAAAGAAUUAAACAAAAUGUAAUGUCUAUGAAAACACAAACGCAAGCUUCACAGACAUUUAAGAAUUCGCUAAAGAUUCAGAAAGAUGGAAAAAAUUCUGUAUCUCAAAAUUCUGAUUAUACACUGUUAAAGGAAGACCUUAAUCUUGGCAACUUUACAGCCUCAAAUUUAUUUCCUAGUAGUCCAUUACCACUUCGUCAUGAUGAUGGAUUACAAGAUUUUUGGGAAGAUAAAAGUACAUCAGGCACUCAAACAAUACCUGAAAAAGACAUGUUUGAAGCUCUCAAUGAUAAUGUUACUCAGACAGAGUUUGAAACAUUUUAUGACCAUAGUACAAAUUCAUUAAUACAAUGUACUCCAAAGAGUACAGUUGCUUUGAUGACUUUACCUUAUGUUGAAGAAACGUCGACCGUUGUUGAAGGAUAUUCCUUUGUAUCCUCAAAUAGCAUGUCACGAUCAGAUCCCAUGCUUACAGAUAAAACUUUUGAUGAUAAAUUUAGCAGUAUAGAAACUCAAACUGAACAAGCUUAUUCACAAUCAUUUUUUGAUUCAGAUCCUUUAACCAGAUCAUUCGCUCUAAGUUCUACCAUUGAAACACAAACUACAAAUAAUCUUGAUAACAUGGAACAGCUAUUAUAUAGUAAUACAUGCACACAAACAUGUAACGAAAUACUACCGACUGAUCUAGGAUUAUCUAACAUUCAAACACAAACACCUUGGACUCAACUCGAGGACACUACUGUCUCUGCUGAAACGCAGACAAAAUCCUUGAUAUGUGAAACAGGUUGCAAUAUUUCAAUAGGUGCAUGUCGUUCCUGGUUGAGUACUCAAACUAGUCACACUGAAACACAAACUGAUUUACUUAGUAUUUUUGAAGGCCUCCAAUAA